CGCGUCAGAUGACGUAAACUUCUGCGCGCGCUCGAGGUCAAAGACCCGUCCGUCUUAAAAAGUUCUCCACACGGCCGAACUGGGAGAGAAGCUGCGACCCCGCGAUCCGCGGAGCCUCCGACGCGCGAGCCCGAGCCCGAGCCCGAGCCCGAGCCCAGCGCGCGCGCAGCCAUCAUGUCCCUGAUGAAGACGAGGUCUGUGCUCCGCAGGUGCGCGUUCCUGGCGCACCGGCAGCACCUCGCGCUCGACAGCGCCCUGCCCUCCGGGAUCGCGCCCGGUGCGGCGGCGCGCCUCCGCCGCUGCGCGUCCUCCUCGGUGUCCAUCCCGCCGCCGCGGUGCCUCCUCGGACCCCUCGAGGCUCCGCUCCGGUACAUGUUCGGACCCGGACCGUCCAACGUGCCUCCGCGCAUCCUGGCGGCGGGGGGGCGACCGAUCAUCGGGCACAUGCACGAGGAAAUGUUCGAGAUCAUGGAUGACAUCAAGCAGGGAAUCCAGUACGCGUUCCAGACGCAGAACAACAUGACGAUCGCCGCGAGCGGCUCGGGACACACGGCCAUGGAGUGCGCGCUCUUCAACUGCGUGGAGCCCGGGGAGCCCGUGCUCGUGGCCAUCAACGGCAUCUGGGGGGAGCGCGUGGCCGAGAUCGCGCGCAGGAUCGGUGCUGACGUCAAAACCUUGGUCAAAACUCCUGGAGGCUAUUUCACCAAUGAAGAAAUCGAGCAGGCCCUGGCCAAACACAAGCCCGUGCUGUUUUUCCUCACGCACGGAGAGUCCUCCGCCGGCCUCGUCCACCCCAUGGACGGUAUCGGAGACCUGUGUCGAAAGCACAACUGCUUGUUCUUAGUGGAUUCGGUGGCGUCCCUCGGGGGGGCGUCGCUCUUCAUGGACAAGCAGAAUAUUGAUAUCUUGUACACCGGCUCCCAGAAGGCUCUGAAUGGCCCCCCGGGCACCGCACCCGUCUCCUUCAACGACAGAGCAUGCAAAAAGAUGUUCAGCAGGAAAACCAAGCCUGUGUCCUACCUGCUGGACAUGACACAUCUGUCCAACUACUGGGGCUGUGAUGGAAAGCCGGAGAGAAUAUACCACCACACUGGGCCAGUGUCGGGAUUCUUUGCGCUUCGGGAGAGCCUGGCCAUCUUGGCAGAGAUGGGGCUGGAGAACUCAUGGAAGCUUCACAAAGAAGUGGCAGAGUACCUGCAUGAGGGCCUGGAGGGCCUGGGCCUCAAGCUCUUUGUACAGGACAAGAACCUGAGACUCCCCUGUGUUACCACCAUUGCCAUCCCCGUGGGGUACAACUGGAGGGAGAUCACGCAGUACGUCAUGAAGCACCACCGAAUGGAGAUCACUGGAGGUCUAGGCCCCUCCGUGGGGAUGGUGCUGCGCGUGGGUCUCAUGGGGUACAACUGCAGCAAGACCAACGCAGACAAGGUGCUGGUUGCCCUUGGCGACGCACUCAAACACUGCCACAAGAGCAAGGUGUAGAUCCCCAUUGCCACGUUGGUGCCCCGCUACUCCAGCCAGACUACAACCGCCACGUGUACUUCGCCGAAUGUAAAGCAUCGGCACAAGAGAUCAACACAGGGAGUUUCUUGAAGAUGAAUGUCACUUCUAUUUACACGGACUAAGGACCUCAUUCAGAUUUAAAAUAAAAAAAAAACUACAAAACAGCACCAGACAUAACAACAUAGUCAGUCUGGACAUGUCUCGGAGUUUUAACUUGUAAACUUCUUUGUAUUUCUCCAACAAUUUAAUAAAUAAAUAACAACAUGCUACCUGUG